AUGGGGGACGCCGCGGACUCGCGGGAGCUCCGGAGGACGUUCAUUGUCCCCGCCAUCAAGCCCUUCGACCACUACGACUUCUCCCGGGCCAAGAUCGCCUGCAAUCUGGCCUGGCUGGUGGCCAAAGCCUUCGGGACAGAAAAUGUGCCGGAGGACCUCCGAGAGCCGUUCUACACAGACCAGUACGACCAGGAGCACAUCAAGCCCCCCGUGGUCCACCUGCUCCUGUCGGCCGAGCUGUACUGCCGGGCGGGCAGCCUCAUCCUCAAGAGCGAUGCCGCCAAGCCCCUGCUGGGCCACGACGCCGUGAUCCAGGCCCUGGCACAGAAGGGCCUCUAUGUCACCGACCAAGAGAAGCUGGUGACUGAGCGAGAUCUGCAGAAGAAGCCCAUUCAGAUGAGUGCUCACUUGGCCAUGAUAGACACCCUGAUGAUGGCCUACACCGCGGAGAUGGUCAGCAUAGACAAGGUCGUCGCGUGCGCCCAGCGGUACUCAGCUUUCUUCCAGGCCACGGACCUGCCCUAUGACAUUGAGGAUGCUGUCAUGUACUGGAUAAAUAAGGUGAAUGAACAUUUGAAAGACAUACUGGAGCAGGAACAGAGACCAAGAGGCUACCACACGGCCGAAGCUCCAGGAGGUCAGAAGUCUCCCUCCAAGUGGUUCUGGAAGCUCGUGCCCGCCCGUUACAGGAAGGAGCACACGCUGCUGAAGCAGCUGCCCUGCAUCCCGCUGGUGGAGAACCUGCUGAAGGACGGUGCGGACGGCUGCGCCCUGGCCGCCCUCAUCCACUUCUACUGCCCUGGCGUCGUCAGGCUGGAGGAUAUCUGUCUGAAAGAAGCCAUGUCCCUGGCCGACAGCCUGUACAACCUGCAGCUGGUCCAGGAGUUCUGCCGGGAGCACCUGGCCCGGUGCUGCCACCUCUCCCUGGAGGACAUGCUCUACGCCGCCGCGUCCAUCAAGAGCAAUUACCUGGUGUUCAUGGCGGAGCUGUUCUGGUGGUUCGAGGUGGUGAAGCCGUCCUUCGUCCAGCCCCGGGUCGCUCGUCCACAAGGAGCCGAGCCUGUGCACGGCAGCGCCGACGCCGCCGGAGGGAGCACCUUGGACAGCGCCUCCAGCGGGGAAGGGGCUGCGCUCCCGCACCCUCGUCUGCCUGCCGGACACGCGCGGCCCCGGGCUCCUGCUUCGGCCUCAGGGGGAAUCAGAAGGUCUUCAUCGAUGUCUUAUGUUGACGGCGUCACAGGGACGUGGCCCAAAGAGAAGAGAUCAUCAGUGCAUGGAGUUUCAUUUGAUAUUUCUUUUGAUAAAGAAAACACUGUGCAGAGACCCACUCCCAGCCGAGGACUCCCUCGCUCUGUCAGUAAUGAAGGCCUCUCUCUGAACAACAGUCGUGUGAAUAGAAACAUGAGAAAGCACCUGUCCUUCAAGCCCGUCAACGGGGAAGAGGACGUGGACGACAUCGAGGAAGAGCUGGGCCUGCGCCCGCCCCUCGGCGCGGGCGCCAGUGAGAACGCGCGCUGCCGGCUCCCCGAGGGAGCUUCACAGAGCCGCGCCCUUCCGGACGAGCUGGGCAGCCAGGUGGAGGCGCCGAGCAUCGAGGAGGCUCUGCAGAUCAUCCACGACACGGAGCAGGCCCCCCGCGCGCCCCCCCGGGGCCCCGCUGCCAACGGCUUCUUUCUCCACAGCCCGGACGUGGGUCCCCUCAGCGCCAACCUCCAGCUUCCUCCGUCUAGUCCUGACCCCAUCACCGACACCAAAGGUGCCUUGAGCCCCGUCACCGACGACACCGAGGUGGACACUGGCAUCCACGUUCCUUCCGAAGACAUCCCGGGGACGGUGGACGAAGACUCUUCCCUGAGAGAUUACACAGUCAGCCUGGACUCCGACAUGGACGACGCGUCCAAGUUCCUUCAGGACUACGAUGUGCGCGGCGGCCGCGAGGCCCUGAGCCCCUGCCCCAGCACCGUGAGCACCCGGUCUCAGCCGGGCAGCAGCGCGUCCUCCAGCUCCGGCGUGAAGAUGACCAGCUUCGCCGAGCAGAAGUUCCGGAAGCUGAACCACACCGACGGGAGGAGCAGUGGGAGCAGCUCCCAGAAGACGACGCCGGAGGGCUCGGAGCUGAACAUCCCGCACGUGGUGGCCUGGGCGCAGGCCCCGGAGGAGGCCGGCCUGGCGCAGGGCCGGGACAGCGCGCAGCUGCUGGCUUCCGAGGUGCUGCAGCUGCGGAUGCGGCUGGAGGAGAAGAGACGCGCCAUCGAGGCCCAGAAGCAGAGGGUGGAGGCCGCCUUCACCAGGCAGAGGCAGAAGAUGGGCAGGACGGCCUUCCUCACGGUGGUGAAAAAGCGGGGAGACGGGGGUGCCCCGCUGCGUGAGGAAGCAGCCGGGGCGGAGGACGAGCAGGUGUUCAGCGACCGGGUGCAGGAGAGGGAGCCACAGAGAGCCGGCGGGCAGAGGAGCAAGUCCCUGGCGGACAUCAAGGAGAGCACGGAGAGCGCCCCCAACAGGUGGCCCGAGUCGCCCACCACGCCUGUGGACCCGGAGAAGCCGUGGGGCCUGGGGAGCCCCUCGGAGGAGCCGGCGGCCGAGGGGGAGAUGCUGGAGUACACGCGGUCCAUCGAGAAGCUCAACUCCUCCCUGCUGCUCCUGAGGCAGGAGAUGCAGCGGCUGUCGCUGCAGCAGGAGGUGCUGAUGCAGCGGCGGGAGCGACCGUCCUGGGCCGGCUCCCCGCCCCAGCCCUCCCCGCACAAGCAGAGCCGGGAGCCCAGGCCCGCCCGGCCCGGCCCGUCCCCUGAGCCCCCGCGCCCCGCCCACCCGUCUCCACAGUCUUCCCACAGGAAAGGCACCUCCUUCUCGGUGAAGAACCCCAGGACUCCUCGGCCAAACGAGCUGAAGAUUACCCCCCUGAGCCGCACGCUGACGCCCCCUCGGUCGGUGGACAGCCUCCCGCGGCUCAGGAGGUUCUCCCCUAGCCAGGCGCGCAUCCAGACUCGCUCCUUCGUGUGUUUCGGGGAUGACGGAGACGAUGGGGAACCGCCGUCGGAGGAGCCCAAACCCAAGGAGGAAGGCCAGAAGGACGGCGCAGGCCCCAAGGAGGAGAGGAGGCCCCUGGAGGCCACCGUGUCUGAGGUGCUGUCUCAGCCCGUCACCGAGACGGUGCGCCUGACGCCCAGCAAGGACCCGCCCAGCCCACCCGCAGAGCCCCCGCCCCGGCCUACCUUCCCGCCCGCUGCUCCCAAGAACGUCAGUCUCAUCGAAGUGUCCCUCUCGGACUUGAAACCCCCCGAGAAGGCGGAUGUGUCUGUGGAAAGAGAUGAUGGAGAAAGUGACAGAGAGCAAUUUGAUGAUGACCAGAAAGUGUGCUGCGGAUUCUUUUUCAAGGACGACCAGAAGGCAGAGGACGACAUGGCGCUGAAGCGGGCAGCCCUGCUGGAGAAGCGGCUGCGGAGGGAGAAGGAGACGCAGCUGCGGAAGCAGCAGCUGGAAGCAGAGAUGGAGAGCAGGAGGGAGGAGGCCAGGCGGAAGACGGAGGAGGAGCGGCAGAGGAAGGAGGAGGAGCGGGCGCGCCGGGAGUUCAUCCGGCAGGAGUACCUGCGGCGCAAGCAGCUGAAGCUCAUGCAGGACAUGGACACCGUGCUCAAGCCCCGCCCGCAGGCUGCGAAGCAGAAGAGGCGCCCCAAGUCCAUCCACAGAGACCACGCCGACUCCCCCAAAACUCCCACCCAGGGUCCUCCAGUCUCCAGCCUGUCUCUGGCGUCACUGAACACGGGCGACAACGAGAGCGAGCACUCGGGCAAGCGGACACCCAGGUCGGAGUCUGUGGAAGGGCUCCUGUCCCCGAGCCGCUGCGGCAGUCGGAACGGAGAGAAAGACUGGGAGAACGCCUCCACCACGUCGUCGGUGGCCUCGGGGACGGAGUACACAGGGCCGAAGCUGUACCGAGAGCCGAGCGCCAAGUCCAACAAGCACAUAGUGCAGAACGCGCUGGCGCACUGCUGCCUGGCGGGGAAGGUGAACGAGGGGCAGAAGAAGAAGGUCCUGGAGGAAAUGGAGAAGUCGGACGCCAAUAACUUCCUGAUCUUGUUCCGGGAUUCCGGCUGCCAGUUCAGGUCCCUGUACACUUACUGCCCGGAAACGGAGGACAUCAGCAAGCUGACUGGGAUCGGCCCCAAGUCCAUCACCAAGAAAAUGAUCGAGGGACUUUACAAGUACAAUUCUGACAGGAAGCAGUUCAGCCACAUCCCUGCGAAGACUUUGUCUGCGAGCGUGGACGCCAUCACCAUCCACAGCCACCUGUGGCAGACCAAGAGACCCGGGACGCCCAAGAAGCUGCUGCCCACGAGGGCGUAG